AUGACCGCCGGCUGGUCGAUAGUCCUGCUGCGUCUGCUGCGCGCGCUUAUCUCCUCGGAGCCGGUGUACCCCGCCGUGCGUCUGCCCUUGGCCCUGUCCCAAACGGGCGCGAUCCUCGAGGUCGUCCACGCGCUGUCCGGCCUCGUGCGCGCCUCCGCCGCCACGACGCUUCUGCAGGUCUCAUCGCGCCUGAUGCUCGUGUGGGGCGUGCUGGACCUGGUCCCGGAGGUGCGCCUCGCCCCCACCGUCACCUCCAUGGUUCUCGCGUGGAGCCUCACCGAGAUCCCGCGCUACCUCUACUUCUCCGUCGCCGCCGCCACCACGCAGAUCCCGCCCGGCCUCACCUGGCUGCGCUACUCCACCUUCAUCCCCUUGUACCCGCUCGGCGCCGGCAGUGAGGCCGCUACCUUGUACGCCGCACUGCCGUACAUCGAGGCCGCGCGCCCGCUUUCCGUGUACAUGCCGAACCGCGUCAACUUUGCCUUCGAUUACUACUAUAUGUGCGUCCUCGUACUUGUUAAUUACCUCCCGGGGCUGCCCUACAUGUUCGCACACAUGUUACGCCAGAGGAAGAAGUACGUCGUCAGUCCCGCCGAGAAGCUGGUCAAGGCCCAAUGA